AUGGAGUUCUUCGGGUUGAGCCCUGGAAGUUUGGCGAGAGGAAGUGAAGUUUUGGAUUAUGAAGGUCAUAAUUUCUGGGAUACAGAAAUUUGGAUGUUCCCAGUAAUUUUACUGCUGCGACCGGAUUUAGCUGAAAUUUUGCUGCAAUAUCGAGCUUCAAAAAAAAUUGCUGCCAAAGAUUUGGCUGCGGAAAUCGGUUGCCGCGGUAUUAGGUUUCCCUGGGAAAGUGCCUUUACAGGCUACGAAACAACACAACCCUGUUGCCCAGAAGUUGCCAAAUAUCAACAUCAUAUCACCGCAGACGUUUCUUUUGCCAUCAGGCAAUACUUGGCAGUUAAAGGACCAGAAGAUCCUUGGAUACAAGAUAAAGUAAAUAAAUAA